CAAAGGUGUGUCUCUAUUUGAGCUACAGAGGAGGGGAGGCCAUUUUGUACAGCGAGGCGUCUGUACAUGUCUGUAUUUCUGUGUUCACGUCAGUAGCAGGAAGCGUGCCAUUGUGCGUAGCCUAUGAGAGCGAAAACCCUGUAGAUAGACCCGCUAGUAACAACACCCAAGUCUAUUUCUUCACUUUUCCCUCGCGUUCACUUCCCUUUCUCCGCUGUUUCCUCUGUGCAAUGGAUGGCGGAGUAGGUGACCAUGCAGACACUGACUGCCAGCAGGACCCUGAGAACCCUCUCUCCUCCUUCUUCCUGUGUGGCCGCACUACCAUGAGCAAUUCCACCCCAUCCACAGCUAAUGGCAACGACAGCAGAGUGUAUAAAGGAGACCGCCCCCCCUGUGGCCCCUCCCGUGUGCUCCACGUUCGCAAGGUUCCUCUGGAGGUGUCCGAGGCAGAGCUCGUCUCUCUAGGAAUCCCCUUUGGGAAGGUCACCAACCUGUUGAUGCUGAAAGGAAAGAACCAGGCCUUUUUAGAGAUGGCGUCUGAGGAAGCAGCUAUCACCAUGGUGAACUACUACACUACAGCCACGCCCCAUGUCCGUAACCAACCUGUCUACAUCCAGUACUCCAACCAUCGCGAGCUAAAGACAGACAACCUGCCCAAUCAGGGGAGGGCCCAGGCAGCCCUGCAGGCCGUGAAUGCAGUGCAUUCUGGGAACAUGGCGCUAUCCGGGUCUGCGUCAGCCAGUGAUGGCACCCUGAUGCCAGGACAGAGCCCAGUGCUCCGCAUCAUCGUGGAGAACCUCUUCUACCCCGUCUCUCUGGAAGUGCUGCACCAGAUCUUCUCCAAGUUCGGGACAGUCUUGAAGAUCAUCACCUUCACCAAGAAUAACCAGUUUCAAGCCUUGCUUCAAUAUGCUGACCCUAUGAAUGCACACCACGCCAAAGUGACUUUAGAUGGCCAGAACAUCUACAAUGCCUGCUGUACUCUGCGCGUGGAGUUCUCCAAGCUGACCAGCCUGAAUGUCAAGUACAACAAUGACAAGAGCCGAGACUUCACCCGCCUGGACCUGCCCUCUGGGGACAGCCAGCCCACCAUGGACCCUGGCAUGACUGCCGCCUUCGGAGCCCCAGGGAUCAUCUCAUCUCCAUAUGCAGCAGCAGGUUUUGCCCCCGCCAUGGGCUUCCCCCAAGCAGGUCUGUCGAUGCAGGCGAUGCCCGGCGCUUUGGGGCCCCUCACUCUGUCAGGCUCGGCCGUGGGACGCAUGGCCAUCCACGGCAUGGCCCCCCCUGCUGUGCACGCAGUUCUACUGGUGUCCAACCUCAACCCUGACACCAUCUCACCUAAUGGACUCUUCAUCCUCUUUGGGGUGUAUGGGGAUGUCCACAGGGUCAAGAUUCUCUUUAACAAGAAGGAGAAUGCCUUAAUCCAGAUGGCAGACGCUACUCAGGCACAGCUGGCCAUGAGCCACCUGAACGGCCAGCGUCUCCACGGUAAGGUGAUCCGGGUGACCAUCUCCAAGCACCAGACGGUGCAGCUGCCCAGGGAGGGCCAGGAGGACCAGGGCCUCACCAAGGACUUCAGCGGCAGCCCGCUGCACCGCUUCAAGAAGCCCGGCUCCAAGAACUUCCAGAACAUCUUCCCUCCCUCCGCCACGCUGCACCUCUCCAACAUCCCGCCUUCUGUCACUGACGACGUCCUUAAAGACCUGUUUGCUGGAACUGGAUACACAGUCAAGGCCUUCAAAUUCUUCCAGAAAGACAGGAAGAUGGCCCUGAUCCAGCUGGGUUCUGUGGAGGAGGCCAUCCAGGCCCUGAUCGACCUCCACAACCACGACCUGGGGGAGAACCACCACCUACGCGUCUCCUUCUCCAAGUCCACCAUCUGACCCCCCCUCCCCCGCCGCCCCACCACCACCUACACCCCCCCCCCCCCUUCAACCCAUCCCAACCCCCCGCUGCCACCACCAGGCUCUGCCCCUCCUCCCUAGGGCUGGCCCCCAUGUAAUGUGCUGCCUCACAGACAUGCCCACACACACACACACACACACAAACACACACACACACAUACCCAACGCACAAACACACUUCCCCAGUACCUCAUUCCUUGUCCCCAGUCACCGUCCCCUGUCCGUCCCCUGUCCCCUAUGAAGGGGUUCAUUUGGGGAACCAGACACUUGUAGUGUGCUACUUUAGAUCUGUUGUGUGAUAGACUACUACUAUGGCUUCAGACAGAGACUGGGGGGUGACCUGUGAUAGGUUCAACUCCGGGCAGGGGGAGGGGCAAGAGGAGAGAGGAACUCAUCACUCCUGGACCGUGUAGGAUGGGGAGGAAGGGGGGUGUUGAGGGGGCUAGCCUUCUUUCUGACCCCCCCCCCUCCAGUACCCCGUCCUGGCCUUUACAUCCUGUCCUGCCCCAGAAGGCCUGAGGCUCAGUGUUGUUCCAGUGUCAGAGACGAGACUCUUUUAGCUGCGUUGCCUUGUACAACAAAGGGGAGGCAAACCCCUCCCCACUCCUCAGCCCAUUGGCUGAGCAAGCCAACCCCACCCCUCCCUCCAAUGGGAGUGCUGGAGCACUCAGAGAUAGCCCCAUGAUAUGGCCAUCACCAGGAACAUGGGGGAGGGACAGGAAGCCUGUAGCGACACUUUUAACCAAUGGGACCCCUCCCUUGUAGCAUCAGGAUGUAGGUGGGAGCCACUGCUGCCACUCUGACCCAGUGUCUGCCAGGGAGGUUCAGGGAGGCUCAGCCCCCAGUAUCAGGCUCAGAUCCUGGGCUUGCCCCCUAGCCCAGCCCCCUGCCCCAGUGGAAGACCUGCAUCAGCAAUGUGAAGGUGAAGGGGAUUUCAGAGAGACAGACUACCAUUUCUACCAUCCUGCCACCUCACCCAGUCUAGCAUCCUGCUCUAUACCUGGCUUCUAUCUAGCACCAUUCCAGCCCAGACUAGACCAGCCCAAAAGGCCAGGCCAGGUCAGUUGGAAGACAUGUGAAUGAAUGUGAACAAUGUGAAGAGCUGGCCUGGAGGUCAUGUGUCUCUUCUCUCUUGUUCUCUCCCCUCCUCUCCUCUCCCUUUCUCUCCCUUCUCCUCUCCUGUCCUGUCCACUCCUCUUGGCCUAAACAUAAGUCUUAUUGUCCUCUGGGGUAUGUUACCAUGAAAGAUGGUCAUGGGACCAGCCCUUACUACCAUGUGUUACCAUGGGGACCUGUUGUCUCCCUGUUGGGAGGGGCCAGUCAGCCUUCCAGCCCUGCUCACCUGUAAUCCAUCUUGGAUCAAACCAAAAACAGUCUUCUUGUGUUUUAAUCACCAUGGUCACCAGGAAGUAACAAUGAAAAGUACGAUCACAUAAUGUCUGUAAAGACAGACCUAGACCAAUCGGAGCCCUCGCUCUCAUACAGGCUUGUUGCCUCGGUUACGCUGUCUCGGUCUAGCCUUAACAUUCCAAGGAGAUGAGUUGAUUGAGUAGCAUUGCUUUGUGGGAAAGCCCUGUGUGUGGUGCAAGUAUGUGUGUGUGUGUGUGUGUGUGUGUGUGUAUGUAUGUAUGUAUGUAUGUAUGUGUGUGUGUGUGUGUGUGCGCGUGUGUGUGUGUGUGUGUGCGUGCAUGUGCCUGCGUGUGCAUGCUUCUGGGAGUGUGUCCCUAACCCUACGACAGCAACAAAACGGUUUUGUUUUCACAAACGCAAGUCAAGGAUGGUGUCACUGUUAACUUGACCUUGAAAGGGGAACAAAAGCAGCGUUGGAAGUGUCUUACUGUGCCUGGCACUCAAGAAUGCAGGAGGAAAGAUAUAUAACCCCUAGAAAGACAUGUUUGUAUAUAGAGAGAGCAAAGAAGGAAGUAUGCCCUUGUCAUUUCCUUUUACUGUUAAAGACUGUGAAAAUCAUUUGUGUAUAUGUCCUUAAUAAACUGUUAGUGGACCCACUAUCUAUUGAGAGAGCAGCUGGAUAGACGUCUUCACUCAGUCUCUACUAGACAGACUGUUAGACACAAUAGGGCAUUUCCAAACUCCUCCCUGUUCCCUUUUGCAAAACAAUGACAUCCCCUUCUAUUGAGAAAAAAAGAAAUCUAAAAUUAUUGUUUUGAAGUUUACAGUCUUAACUAAAGCUAAACUAUUCAGGUCUACAUCUUUAGGAUUGUCAACAUUUUGUGAGAAAAACAAAGUUAUUUUGGUAAUUUGUUCUUUUUUAUGGCAAAGAAAAAGCCCUAUGGAAGAUUAGCCAGGGUUUUAUACCACUGUAAUCACACCAUAUAUCAUAUUUACUGUGUAAUACUUCACUUCUUAUUAUGUGCCUUAUUAUGUUCAUACUCUGCUAGGUUUUAGAUGGUCUAUCUUAUGUACUAUCUAGUGGGAUUUGGUGAGCGGGUUGACUCAUUUUCAGUUUUCUUAGAGGUUUUUAGAUGUGUUUUUCUGUGGGUCUUUCCAUGAUACCGUCUUUUGAAAUGUAAGUUCAUGUUUGGUGCUUUAAGUGCACUUGGAAAUGAAUGGUAAACUCUGGUACCUUAAAGAUUCUGUGAGGGUCUCUCCUAACUGUAUGCGUGUGUGUCUGUGCUUCUGUGUGCGUGUAUGUGCAAGGUUUUUCUGUGUGUGUGUGUGUGUGUGUGUGUGUGUGUGUGUGUGGGUUGAUAAGGAGAGAUCCACUAUUUAGUCUGGGUUCCAAGGGAGCCUUCAUUUUGCUGUGGUAGAGUGAAGUCCAGAGAUCUCCAUCUCUCUGUGUGUGUGUGUUUCAUUUGUCAUCUUAUUUACUGUAUUUCGUACUAUUCAUUUUAGGGAUUUUGCCUGGUUUUGAUCUGUAGUGAUAUUUGUGUUUUUAUUCUUUUGAUCUUCUUUUAAAGGUGAUGAAGUUGGUUUUGGUUGUGGUUGUCUGUCACUCUGCUGUUUCAGUUGGCAUCAUUUGCCCUGAAGUUCUGACUGUAUACACCCCAUCCCCAUGGUUACGUUUGAACCUGGUUGUCUUUGAACCCAGCCCUGAUAAUGGAUGAUUCUGGUUGUGAAUGAUUCCAACCUAAGUGGUUAUGUAUGAACCUGGUUGUGAAUGAUCCCAACCUCAGUGGUUAUGUAUGAACCCAACAUGAAAAUAUGGAAGCCAUCCUUUCGGUUAUAUGCAGGUGGGGAGGUUGAGGUUGAAGAAAGAAGUUUUUUUUUUGUUUACCCAAAUCCGCCACAUUGCUACUUUUCAUUUCUGAACAGGAGAGAAGCCAGACUGUGACACCCUGCAUAUUGAGCAAGCUGUCUGCUCUAUGACAUGUUCAGUUAACUGUCCUGACAAAAAGUUCUGUCUUAACUCAGGCCACACAGGUCAGCAGCCAUGCCGCUCUGCAGCCUUUCGAAUUGUGAUUUGACAAUAUCAAAUGGACUGGAGACAAUAUACUCUACACUUUUGUCAACGUUUUUUACUGAGGAAUCAAUAACGUCGCAGGACCAAAGUUUAUGUGCCUUUCAUUAAUCAUAUUCAUAACUUGUUUCCCUUCUGGCGGUGAAGUAAGAGGUCAGAUGUGUAGACUCCUCGGGCCUACAGUGGCUGGUGGCUGGCUUCUCUUCCCCCCUGACCCACACCCCCACCAAACCUAGACAUCUGCAGUAGCUGUACCCAACCACAACAAUACAGGAACUGAAACCAAAGGAACUCUGUCCUGUUAGAAUGACCCAACAAAGCAUUGUCGCUUAAAUGUGGUGCUUUUUAAACCUCAAUGAUUUUGUGAAUGUUUAGAGUAUUAUUUUAUUUUUCUUCUCCAAAUUCCACCCUUUUUAAAAUAAAUACAGAUUAUUUACUCAGCAAUGCCCACCAACCCCAAAACUGAGAUCCAUGCAAGACAAUGACAUGGUUAAAUUGGUAUGUUACGAUAGGGAGAAAGGUGAUUGGAUCUUGACAGUUGAACAGCCCAGUUGUCUCUUCUCAUCUGUUUCUCGGUCUCACAGCAUGUUCUUUAUUUAUAGCUGGUCAGAAGUUUGAGCACCAAAAAUGAAUGCUUUAGUUCAGUCGGUUUCCUUGGCUUGCCUGGGCACAAUGGUCUAUGGGAGACACAGACAACAACAGACAUGUUUUUUUGUAUUUAAAAGGAUAGCCUCUUGUGUAUUUUGAUAUCAUACCAGUACCAGCUUUGAUUUGUAAAGCAGUGUGUCUGACGGGUAAGAGACACAAAGUUAUGAGUUGAUGUAAUUAAAUGCAAAUAGAAGAUGACUUAUUAAAGAAACAUAUUUUCUAAUUUUUGCGGUGCAUGGUUGAGUGAAGUUUCCGUAUUUCAUAUAGAACAUUUUCUGUCAUGUUUUUAAUUGUUUAUUACUAGAAUUAUAUGAUUCUUACUAUCGCAAUGGUUACUAUGAUUAAUACGCCAGAAUCUCUAGUUCAUUUUUUCCUAAAACAACUUAAUUGUAGCAUGCCUUGAAUAAAUGUCAUGACAUCUGUACUUUC